AGCGCGAGGAGGCCACACGCCACUCCGACUGAAACACUUCAGACCACAAGCAGCAAGACUCCGAAGCCGAGAGUACAAGUACCAACCGCGACAGGAGAAAAAGCAGCAGACCGAGAAAAGCGAGCCUCCUUGAGCUCCGCGUUCGUUCUUUGCCCGUUAUUCGCUCGCUCGCUCGCUUUCACUGGAAUACAGAAGCAGCUGAAGCAGCAUUAGAAGAGGUUGGUAGUAAACUCUCUGGAGUUUGGUCAGAGUCGCUUUGUGCCGUUGCGCUUGUGGAAGUGAAGUGCACCGAAACUUGGACAUCAAGCCCGGGACGUCUGGACGCGUUUUGACCAGUUCCCGCAUCCCAGCAUUCCCGCGGAAGACUUUGAGACUGUCGGAUGGAGCGCGCUUAUUAGACACGCUAGAGUAACUCAGUAACAGAUAUGUCCCCUUCAAUCUAGUGAAGAAUCAAACCCUCCAUCCGCAUUUAACGUAGUAAAAAGAUCAACCCCCUGCCAGAUCAAAAGAAGCCCAGUUGAAUCAUCUAAACUCCUAUCAAAGGGUCCACCCGUCCUCCUGAAGCGAAAACAUGGAGUGGCGGUUCGUGUUGUUGGCGCUGUGCGCUUGUAUGUGCGUGAUGUUCGCCCCGGGCAUCUCUACUCCCUCCGGCCCGGCAUCCGCCACCUGUGCCACCCUGGAGCAAAGCCGUUUCUUCGGCGUGUUCUCCUCUAAGACCGCCCUGCCGUCAGCGCCGUGCUCCUGGACCCUGCAGAACCCCGAUCCUCGCCGCUACACCGUCUACAUGAAGAUCACCAAGCCUACCGAGUCCUGCACCCCACGACAGAUCCGAACCUUCCAGUUCGACUCUUUCCUGGAGACCUCUCGCACGUACCUGGGCAUGGAGAGCUUCGACGAGGUGGUACGACUGUGCGACGCUUCCUCCGCGGUGGCCUACCUGGAGUCCAGCAAACAGUUCCUGCAGGUGCGGAAGGUGAUGCCACGUCUCGGUAUGGAGGCCGUGGAGGAAGACGAAGGGAACGACGAAGGUAGCCAGUUCAACGCUGAGUUUCUGGUCGUGGGCAAGAGGAACCCGAGUAUGCCAGCCUGCGAGAUGCUGUGUCAGUGGUUGGAAGACUGCCUGGCCACCAGUACCCACGGAAACCCCUGCGGCAUCAUGAUGACCCCCUGCCAGUGCUGGGAACCGCCCAAGAGGAAGACGGGUGGCUGUUACAGGGGCGGAGUCUACACCGAGAAGUGCUCGCCCAACGUUAGAGACAGCAACCGCGACGCCGAGAUCAUGAAAGGCUGGAGCGGGUGGGGCCGCUGGUCCGAGUGCAGUAACGAGUGCGGUGGCGGAGUCCAGGUGCGCAGCCGCGCGUGCCAGCCUGAGGACGGUGUCUGCGAGGGCGUCGUGGAGGAGGGACGGGCCUGCAACCCUCAGCCUUGCAUCGGUCAAGUCCGACAGAGAAGUCAGGGUCUGCGUUCCAUCAUCGGCCAGCGGCGUGAUUCUGAUGGCACCAUCAUGGCAAACCAGGCUCCUCAGAAAGAAGAAGUCCAGCAGGACACGUGGUCUUCAUGGAGUGUGUGUUCUGUGAGUUGUGGUGAAGGCUUGCAAUCUCGCACUCGUUCCUGCAUGACCUCCACUUACAGCACCCAGUGCACCGGCCCUUUGAGAGAGAAUCGACCUUGCAACAACACUGCCGCCUGUCCAGUGAAUGGAGCGUGGGACGAGUGGGCUCCCUGGAGUUUGUGCUCGUCUACAUGCGGCCGUGGAUACCGCGAUCGUGUCCGUACAUGCAAACAGCCUCAGUACGGUGGAGAGCCCUGCCGCGGACCUGUCAAACAGACCAAGUUCUGCAACAUCGCUGUCUGCCCAGUUGAUGGCUACUGGAACGAAUGGUCGGCAUGGACUCCUUGCUCUGCCUCUUGCUCGAAUGGAACGAUGCAGAGAACUCGCGAUUGUAACGGCCCCUCGUACGGAGGUUCAGAGUGCAGAGGAGAAUGGCAAGAAACCACCAACUGCUUCCUCAGAGAUUGCCCAGUGGACGGAAGAUGGCUGUUGUGGAGCUCAUGGGGCAGUUGCAGCAAGUCCUGCGGUGGAGGCAAUCAGCUCAGACAGAGAGUGUGUGAAGGACCUUUCUUUGGUGGAGAGCCCUGCAACGGAGAGAAAACAGAACUGCGAAACUGCAAUGAGAAGCGGUGCCCAGAACCUCACGAGAUCUGCGGAGAAGAGAACUACGGCAGUGUGGUGUGGAAGAAAACGCCUGCGGGCGACACGGCUGCUGUGGCCUGCCCUUCCGAUGCCACAGGCCUGAUCCUCCGCAGAUGCACCCUGGACGCCGUGGGCCUGGCUUUCUGGGAGAACCCCACUCACAUCAAGUGCAUUUCCAAAGAAUUCCAGGACAUCCAGACCCUGAUGCGUGAUCACAUGACUCAGUCUCAGAGCGGUCAGCUGGUGGACGGCGUGUCUGAAGUGCUGUCUAAAGUGAGGAUGACGUCGACCGACAACAUGAAGUAUAGUGGUGACCUGCUGGCUGUGAUGGAGGUCCUGAGGAACAGCACAGAGAUUUUCAGAGGGUCAAAAAUGAGCCUGAGCAACGCAGAUGUGGAGAAUUACGCUCACACCAUCAGUAACUUACUGCAGGAGACACACAAAGAGAAAUGGGACGAAGCUCAACUGAUGGGCGCAAACAUCAAGGAAUUCUUCAGUCUGAUUGAGAACUUCAUUGACAUGAUUGGACGUCAGAUGAGAGAUUUCCAGGACAUCUAUGAGGUCACAGAUAAUCUAGAGCUCAGCAUCCAGAAGCGUCCCAGAACCAUGACCUCUGACGUGACCUUCCCCCUGAAGGGCUGGCGCGGGAUGAUCGAUUGGGUCCGCAAUUCAGAAGAGAAAGUCACAGUGUCCCGCAACGCUCUGAGUCUAGACGUGCCAGAUGCUGAGCAGAGCACAGGGUUUGUCACCGGCAUCGUUCUCUACAGAAAUCUGGGUCCCAUCCUGUCCUUUCAGAGCAACAGCACGCUGCUCAACUCGAAGGUCGUCACGGUAACGGUGAAGCCCAAUCCUGGUUUCCUGUCGGCACCUGUCGAGAUCGACUUCCCGCACCUGCACAAUGGCACUGUUAACGAGACCUGCAUCGCCUGGGACGAGAGCGAGAGCGCGUCUCUGCUCGGCUCCUGGUCCGCGCGCGGCUGCAGAUCGGUGUCGCGCGACUCCAGCACCACAUGCGUGUGUGACGGACUGUCCACGUUCGCCCUGAUCGCCCGACCGAACCCCGAUCUGAACAUGGAUAAGUCUCUGUUGCCCUCGGUUACGAUGAUUGUGGGAUGCGGGGUGUCGUCCCUCACCCUCCUCCUCCUCAUCAUCAUCUACGUCUCUGUGUGGAAAUACAUUCGCUCUGAGCGCUCAGUGAUCCUGAUCAACUUCUGUCUGUCAAUCAUCUGCUCCAACGCCCUCAUUCUGAUUGGUCAGACGCAAGCACGCAACAAGGUCAUGUGUACGUUGGUGGCGGCGUUCCUGCAUUUCUUCUUCCUGUCCUCUUUCUGUUGGGUCCUGACGGAGGCGUGGCAGUCUUACAUGGCCGUUACGGGCCGCCUUCGUAACCGCAUCAUCCGCAAACGCUUCUUGUGUCUGGGAUGGGGUCUGCCCGCUUUAGUCGUCGCCGUUUCUGUCGGCUUCACCAAAGCCAAAGGUUACGGCACCGUCAACUACUGUUGGUUGUCUCUCGAAGGCGGUCUCUUGUACUCGUUUGUGGGUCCCGCGGCUGCGGUCGUUCUGGUCAACAUGGUGAUUGGAAUUCUGGUUUUCAACAAGCUUGUGUCCAAGGACGGCAUCACAGAUGUUAAGCUGAAAGAGAGGGCUGGGGCAUCGCUGUGGAGCUCUUGUGUGGUUCUCCCUCUUCUCGCACUGACUUGGAUGUCUGCAGUCUUGGCCAUCACCGACCGCCGCUCCGCACUGUUCCAGAUCCUCUUCGCCGUCUUCGAUUCUCUAGAGGGAUUCAUCAUUGUCAUGGUGCACUGCAUCCUGCGCAGAGAGGUCCAGGAGGCGGUGAAAUGCCGUGUCGUGGACCGCAAGGAUGAUGGGAACGGUGAUUCUGGCAGCUCCCUGCAGAACGGCCACACGCAGCUGGUGUCUGACUUUGAGAAGGACGCUGAUGCAAACCGACCAGGUGGAAUGAAGAGCUCUUCUGAGGAGAAGAUGCCCCCUCCACAGAUGCCCCUGCCCCUCGGCCCGAACUUCCACACCCUUCCAUCCAACCCCAGUGGAAAGAGCCACAUUCCCCCCGUCCCCGAGUACUCUAGCCACACGCUCACCCUGCGGAGAGAGAAAGGUCGUGGAGUCGACCCGUCUUGCGGUAAACCCGUGUACGUGUGCGACAGCGAACUCUUCAAGCAACUGGAUGCCGAUCUGGCCCUCGCUCAGGCAGAGAGCGUCUGUCCUGAUGGCAGCGGUUACGUGCUCCUGCCCAACACCACCUCCACCCUCCGUGCCAAACCCAAAGAUGACUCCAGCGGCUCCAGCAAGUACAACAUCAGCACCGAGCUCCCGCAAGCCCGUCUUAUGCAUCUGAGCGGAACCUUUGCCGAACCGCAGGCCGCCUACGCCGUCAAAACUCUCCCCGCCGACCGUGUCAGCGUAUCGUACUCGGAACGCGACUCUCCCAUUCAGAACAUCCACAACAUCUCCAGCGAGAGUCACGUGACCAGCAGUCUGGGCGACACGUUCGACUCCAUGAACUCCAUGAUGUCCAAGAGCGAAACCAUCUCUACCUUGUCCAUGAGUUCUCUGGAGGUCAGCGAAGGGAGGCAGAAAUCUCGUUACGCAGAACUCGAUUUUGAGAAAAUCAUGCACACGCGAAAACGCCAUCAGAACAUGUUCCAGGACCUCAACAGGAAGGUGCAUCACGCCGAGAAGGACAGAGAGUCACCGGCAUCCGACAGCAAGUCUGUAAGAUGGAGCGUUUCCUCUGCUGGAAGCGACAAGACAAACCACAGCGAUAAGCAGCAGGGAGCAAUGGAUCGGUCCUGGGAGAGCAUGAGCAGAUCACAGGCGUCUCCUCCUGCGUGGGUCAGGAAGGACAUGGAGCCGCUACAGGCGUCUCCUUUGGAUCUCCAGGGCGUGGAAUGGGAGAAGGCCGGAGCGACCAUCCCUCUGGUGGGCCAAGAUAUCAUCGACCUACAGACGGAGGUGUGAGGGCGCCACGUUUAACCCUGAACACCUCGGUCUGCUUUUGAUUUGGGAAAGAGAGCGGAAAUGAAGGGAUGAGCAUGUAGAGGGCAGAGAGGUAGAGAGGAACCCGAGAGGGGAGCGCUGUACCCGUCUGUCAUUUGAAUAUGUGUCUCUCCGGCUUCAGAAGUAGCUCUCAGCUCAAGAUGACACUGACCUCAGUCAGGGAGAAAGGUUUUCCGAACUCCGUGCGAGGAGAGAUUCCGGUCGGUUCAUCGAGAGCUUUUCCCAACACGCUUCCAUCUGGUCCAGGAGGUGGUGUGGACGCCCGCCUGUGUCCUUUCAUUUUUCCGCAGUUCCAUUUUGGAAUGGGCGAAUCUUCCCGCAGGAGGGUCGACCGCUUUCUUGGCUGCUCGAGUUUGGCCCUUUGUGGCCUCUUCCAGAGCGUUCUUUUCGGUCAAGAGGCCGACGUCUCCCAUGAGCCUCUAGAGAGGUUGUUAGCUGUGCCAAACGGACACAGAUGUACUGCCGUCGCUGUGGUCUUUGUUUUUAGCGCUUUGCGUGAAGCAUUUCUGGACGCUUCCAUCAAACUUUGGGGAAAUAAUUGUACCGAAAACUUGAAAAAGACUAUAAAGAGCUGAGCAUUUUACUUUCCAUGAUUCCUCUGUUAUUAUUGUAACGAGUUGUUAUUAUGAAUGUUAUUUCUUUGUUCUUAUGAUCAUGUUAUGAUUUCGAUGAUGUUUCUCCUCUUGUCUUCAUAUCUGUGUUCAUCAAGGUUUAUUUUUAAGUACUGUACGAAACCGUUCAUCCGUUCCCAAAACAGCAGCAGGAUGAAAUAUCCCAGCAUGAGCGGCUGACAUUCUCUCAGCAUUCUGGGUAAUGUAGUUGGAGCAGCAGUGACUGUGUAGCCUUGGACUCUUUGAGGACGAGCUGUUGUUUCCUCCUCCGCUCCAUUGGAUCAGACCACUGUGUUCCCUCCAUUCCCACCAGCGGCUCUUUCUACGGCCUUGCGAACGAAGCCCCAGCACACGUUACGGGCUCCUGCCCGACUGUGAACUUCCGCCGUGCCGGCGGGACAGAUUCCCAGAGCAGUAGUCAUGCCAAACUAUAGACUGGCAUCAGUGCAAUAUGAGGACAGAUGCUUGAUGCCCAAGCAGGACUGACAUUAGAAUUUUGGCAGAUUUUUGUUAACCAUUUUCAGAGUUUUAUAUUGUCUUUAUAGAGCAUAUAGAAUACCUUUAUGACAACACUGUUCACGGACUAUGUUAGCUACUAAACGAGAAGGACAAAACAAGACGUUGUGUCUUGCUGCUAAAAGAACUUUCAGGAAAGAAAAAUAUGAGUAAUAGCCUAGAGAUAUAUCUGACUGUGCUUCAGGAAAAUGCCCUAGAGUUUUAUACUUGAUUCCUCCAUAUUGCUGAGACACUGAACCCUCGGUCGUCUGUACGGUCUCUUGUUUUAUACACCUGUUCGUCUCUGUGUGCGUGCCGAUAUCCUUCCUCGCGUCUCCGUGUUCGCGUGAGGUUCCCGAUGUCUGUCUGAAUCUCCAGCACUAGAGUCUCUGUGUAUUUCACUUCCUCUUGUGAUUGUACAGUUUUAAGAACAAUAGGUGAAGGUGUCUCGUUUCUAAUAAAACAAAAGAAAUUAAAAUUA